AUGACGAAUCCACAGCAUCAGUGCCAUGGGGUCCUUGCGCAAGCCAUUUGUGACGCUGACCCGGCUGCGCAAAUUUCGCCAGAACUAGUCCAUCAUUUGGCGACCAGAUUAGAACCGCUCUUCAACCAAAGGGUUGCUGUUUUCGGCCGGGAAAGCAAAGCUCAAGAAUUGGUGCCGCAGCUUGUUGCUUGCCCUGGGUGCGGAGGACGACUUGCUGAAUGUCGGAGCUCCGCUGCUGCAGCUAUCGUCGUAGAUCUGUCGGGUUUGGUCCAGAAACAACACAUUCCACUGAGAUGUCGGCGAUCCUCCUGUCCAGACUGUGGUGUGCUGCUGUGGUACAACUAUACCGUGCGGAGUGGGUGCCAUCAUUUUGCAGGAGAGCUGCCUGAGUUGAACUGCUUCAUGUUGUCCGCCACCUUCGGCUUCAGUGUCCCCUGGUUGCAACAGUUUCACGUAAGCAUGGUGAGGCAACAUGCGUCUUUCACAAGUGAAGCAGAUGUGCUCGGCGCGCAGGCAGCUUACAAUUCCCAGCUCCAUCUCUUACCAACAGCUCGAUUGCGGCUUCUCAUUAGCCAGGGGUCGUUUGCUUGGCGUCUCCUCACCCGGGUGCACCAAAGCAAUUUGGACCUAGCAUCUUUUGAUUUCUUGCGGCCCAUGGAGGACAUGAUUGGCUUAUUCUUGCCGCAGUUGCAAAGAGAAUUUGGCAGGACUACCUUGGAGGAAGCCCAAAAAGCCACGAUGCGCUGUGACGUUGUUGUGCUCGAUGGCAAUGCAAAAAAUCGUCGAGCUGUUUGCGGAGCCUCAUUGGCCGGAGAAACUUUUUCCAAGGAAUUGCGCCGGGAAGUGACCAUUCUUCAGCACAAGCUCAUCAAUGACGGACAGUGCUUGAUGGUCUUGCUGAAAGAGACUGUGGAGCCUCAAAGAGAAGCUUGGGUAUCCGAUUCUGCAGUUCCAGCGUCUGUCCUGUCCAACUAUUUGCAGCAAGUGGGCGAGGCGAAGUUGAAACCCAGCAAACGCCCACGGCGAGAAGAGGAGGCAGACGGCAGAGGCGGCUCUUCCUCAUCGCUUGGACCUUCGAUGCUUGCGAGUUUAACGUUGCAAGAGAUUGGGCGCUCGUCCGACCCAACAGAUUUGCAGUGCGUGACUUGCUGCACACACAAGGAAGGCAGCGCUGCUCAAAGGCAGCUUGCCAAAUCUGCUGGAAUGUUGUGCGCGUGUUUGUCUGAGGGUUUGAUUUUGCACAUGCAAGAAAUCUACGGCUGUGAGUCGUUGAGCCAGAGAUACCUAUGUCUGGCGUCUGUGAAAGCCCUCUUGCCGUCCCUUCGCGUGGUGGUCCACGAUGAUGCUUGCCAUUUGCACAAGUACGAUUCAGAAGCUGCUGCCCAGAUAGCCCCGCCAGAGAUGAAGUACGUGUGCGACAAGUUCCACAUGGCUGGCCAUACCGAUGCUUGGUGUAAAGAGACGUUUCUGGGGCCCUUGUCUGGAGCCCACGAAGACAGACAGUACAUCCCUGCCAUGAAUUUGAUGUGGGAUGAAGUGGACAAGUGCUUCGACCCAAGCUACAUCCUUGGAGAAGCUGGGCACCGCUUCUGCCAAACAUACGCUGUUAGGGCAGCCCAUGCAGAAUUUCCUUACGCCCUCCACUGCUUGUCGCUGAUGUGUGCUCUUGUGAACGGUGCCAAAGUGGCUGUCUUUGCUACCUCGCCAUCGCCUUUGACGUUGGUUGCAAUUAAUGUCAACUACGCCCAGACGAGAAAAUCAUCCUUGACAGGACAUGCAGAGGCUUGUGGGCAGGAGUUGGACGCAGUCAUCUUGACGAACGCGGAGUCCAAGCUGGCGACAUAUUGUGUGGAAGAAGGCGCUCCUGCGCCAGUGCAGCACAGGUUGAAGCCGAAGCUAUUCUCCGCAAUGGUUGCCAGCGCAACACCUGAGGAGUGGUUCCAUCGAUGCUCGGGCGAUUGGAACCAGGUCCGAAAUGCUGACAAGUUGCCCGGAGACUGGUCUGGCCGAUGCUGGUUUGGCUUGCUGGGGAAUUUUGAUGAGGCCUACGACUUCCUGCUCAGCUUGGGUCUCUUGUCCGAUGGGCCUGCAUCCAAGGAGAAAGCCAAGGCAAGGGUGAACCCGUACCAGAGUGCCUUCAACAAGCUCUUGCAGUUUGGAACCAGCGCUCGCGCCACGAAAACGAAUGGGAGCUAUGGAGAGAAGCUUGCUAGAACCGUUAGCAUGGGGAUCACUUGCAAUAUGCACCCUGCGCAAUACAUCCCUAUGGAAAGAGGAGUUUCCCGGCACCGAUGGGUUCCUCUCACAGCCGAAAUUGCGGAACUGCUGGGCAUAGCCAAAGAGGCUGCUUCGCCAGAUGCCGCUGCUCAGGAGUGGAAAGACGUUGGCCUUGAAGAUGAAAAAGCAGUGCAGCUCACCCAGAAUGCAGCGGGCGACUAUGUCCCAUCAGAAGAUGGGUACCCUGUGAGGCUCUUGGAUGGCAAGAUGAGCCGCCUACGGUUCAAACGUUCUCCUGCGUCGACGUCUGGGUUUGAAGCUCAGUGGCGCGUUGCCAACAGAAGCUUUGCCAUUCCGGCAGAGUGCUCCCUGACGGCCGCUGUCUCCCGAGUCACUGCCUACUUCGACCAACCUCACCAAGUCAUUGCCCUCACUCCGGAGGCGGAGUCUUGGCACAUGUCCUACCAAGGUGGAAUGAAUGUGCAAGCCCAUCUGUCUCGCGAAUCAGGGGAUGUUCAGGGCGGCGCUCGCUUUGGAGCCGCUCCGUGGCAAGUGGGAGUUUUGGCGGCUUUGCUCCUGGUGUUUGAAAUCUUUGUGGGUGCGCACAGUGUUGAAGCUCUUGGACGGAGGGAUUUGCAGGUCCAGAAGCUGAAGCAUAUUGCUUUGGGAGAUGCAGCCGCUAGCCCAGACCAUUUUCCCCAGCAGCCAAGUCCGCAACCUGCUUUCGAUUUGGCAACUUUGCGUGUUCCUUAUCAGACGGAAGAUUUUGCUUCGACCCAGCAUGGUCCCGGACUUCGACUUCCCCAAGCUGGCGAGGAAGAAGAAUUUGAACUUGAACCUGAAGAAGAAGAUGCGGAACCUGGGCCCAACUCGCUUGAAAGGCCUCCAGACAGCGUGGCCGAAGUCGUGGAGGACCUACCGCCCCAAGAUCCACCCGCAGGCGAAAAGCCGCUGGUUCUUGAUGAAGUGCGGGCAAGUGAUUUUGGUUUUGGCGAGAAUGGCGUCACAGUCCAGCCUGACGGUCUCUUCAGCCGUCACUGGACAGACCGGGCAAUCCUGAAGCACACCUUGCUGACCGGCAAGCCAAAGAUGACUCGCAAAGAAGCGUGUGACAAAAUGCGCACCAGCAGGGAGCAGGGCCGCCGCAAAGCGCUUCCGAAAGAGAAAUGGACAGCGGUCAUGGCGGCAGCCGCAGAGCAGCAUUCCAGCAUCCUUCAGCUCCAGGGUGAGACUUUGUGUUUGAAAGUGAUCCCAGACACAGCGCAGGGCAAGGUGAAGUACCACAAUGAAUUGAUGAGGGCUUGUGGGCUGACUUUGCGGGAGCUGGUGGCCGCCAUGGAGAAAGCAUCCAGCAACCAGGAAAGGAAGCGCCAGGAAGAUCGGCGCAAACGGCCCAGAGAUGAGGAGUGA